AUGCAAAGAUUUGCAGCAACUGAAGAUCUAACAAGUGUCGAAUGGCGUGACACUAAUUGGCUAGAGCGUGUCGGUGGAUUCCAAAAUCAACAGAUGGUUCUCGAUUAUUUUGCAAUGUCGCCAUUCUGGGAUAGACAAUGCAACAAUCAGGUUUUAUCUAUGCAGACGCAAUACAACGAUCUCAGACAACCAUACGAAGCGACUGUAGAAGCCUUGAGAAAGAUGACUGGAAUCGAGUUUGCAGUUAUUCAUGAGCAGCCACCCGUAUGGGUCAUUCAAAAAAGAUAUCGAAGAGGACCUGCACCUGAUGAUGCCAAUGUAUAUCAAUCGCCCACUAUUUAUUCCGUUAUUGCUAAUAGGCUGUUGACCAGUCUUUUCCAUGUCAACAGUGCAUUCAAAGAGACUCAGGCAAUGAUGGAAUUUCAUCCAGCAAAGGGAUAUAGCUGGAAAGCAAAUAACUCAACUAAUGAAAAGCAACCUGUUACUGCUAUUCCAGAAAAGACACGAGGACCACAGCCGAGUAAGCUUCGAGCACAGGAAAAUCAAGCAUUUCGACAUUGGAUGGACCGUGCUAUUGAGGCAUCAGCAGCAAGAAUUGCCCAGACUCGGCACUCACUAGAUUCACAAAGUGUAGAGGGAAGUAGUCAGGGAUCAAAGACAGCGACAAAGAUAGAGCCAGGAAGUACAAGUGCAAUUACACAACAAAGAGAUGAUUCCACAGGAAAACGCCAAAGAAAAAAGACGGACGAUGGUAACUCUAUGACUAAUAAGCGUAAGAAGAAGGCUGGAAAGCAAACCUGA